CGGCGUACCCCGCGACCGUCGGCUUCUCCUCCGACCGCUAAUGUUUUGGCCAAUUCAAGAUGGCGGUGCAGGAGUCAGCUGCUCAGCUGUCCAUGACCCUGAAGGUCCAAGAGUACCCGACUCUCAAGGUGCCCUACGAAACACUGAAUAAACGCUUCCGAGCUGCUCAGAAGAACAUCGACCGUGAAACGAGCCACGUCACCAUGGUGGUCGCCGAGCUGGAGAAGACCUUGAGCAGCUGCCCUGCCGUGGACUCAGUGGUCAGCCUUCUGGACGGCGUGGUGGAAAAGCUCAGUGUCCUGAAGAGGAAGGCGGUGGAGUCCAUCCAGGCCGAGGACGAGAGCGCCAAGCUGUGCAAGCGCCGGAUCGAGCACCUCAAGGAGCACAGCAGCGACCAGCCGGCGGCGGCCAACGUGUGGAAGAAGAAGCGCAUGGACCGCAUGAUGGUGGAGCACCUGCUGCGCUGCGGCUACUACAACACGGCCGUGAAGCUGGCGCGGCAGAGCGGCAUCGAGGACUUAGUGAAUAUCGAGAUGUUCUUGACGGCCAAAGAAGUGGAGGAGUCCUUGGAGAGGCGGGAGACAGCCACCUGCCUGGCCUGGUGCCAUGACAACAAGUCCCGACUGCGGAAGAUGAAGAGCUGCCUGGAGUUCAGCCUGCGGAUUCAGGAGUUCAUCGAGCUCAUCCGGCAGAAUAAGAGGCUGGACGCCGUGAGACACGCAAGAAAGCACUUCAGCCAGGCUGAAGGGAGCCAGCUGGACGAGGUCCGCCAGGUCAUGGGCAUGCUGGCCUUCCCGUCAGACACACACAUCUCCCCGUACAAGGACCUUCUGGACCCAGCCCGGUGGCGGAUGCUGAUCCAGCAGUUCCGCUACGACAACUACCGGCUGCACCAGCUGGGCACCAGCUCCGUGUUCACCCUCACCCUGCAGGCUGGCCUCUCGGCCAUCAAGACCCCACAGUGCUACAAGGAAGACGGCAGCUCCAAGAGCCCCGACUGCCCCGUGUGCAGCCGGUCCCUCAACAAGCUGGCGCAGCCCCUGCCCAUGGCCCACUGCGCCAACUCCCGCCUGGUCUGCAAGAUCUCCGGCGACGUGAUGAACGAGAACAACCCGCCCAUGAUGCUGCCCAAUGGCUAUGUCUACGGCUAUAACUCUCUGCUUUCUAUCCGUCAAGAUGAUAAAGUCGUUUGCCCGAGAACCAAAGAAGUCUUCCACUUCUCACAGGCUGAGAAGGUGUACAUCAUGUAGGCGGUCGCCAGUGCGCGGCGGCUGGGGUGGCGGCGGGCAGCAGGCGCCCCCUCUCAGCCCCCACCUGCCACGGCGUCUUGUUUCCUGCGACCAAAGAUCAGCGAGCGACGACAGAUACCCAUAGGAAGAGAGCAAAUGCGAUGUCAUAAGUUUGUACUUGAAAACGUUUCGACUGGUAGGAUUUUGUAACAUACGCCAACUAUUUGAUGCUUCUGAAACGUACUUUCACCUUUCACAGGCGACCUUUCUUUACAGACGGACUUCAACACCGAGGGAUACUUUUAGAAUAUUUCAAAAAUAGCAAUCGAUGAUUUCCCUCGUGGUUUCUCACAGUUUCCCUCCCUUUUUGCUAAUAACGAGACUUGGGAAACGGGGGCUGGUUCUUCACCAGACUCGAGUCUGCUUCAGCCCUGGACCUGGCCAAGUGGUGACGUGAGGUGUGACCGGGGGUGUGUUGCAGCAGCCCUGGCGUGCCCCACAAGUGACAUGACGGCUCCCUCCUGGAGCCGCUGCCAGACACCUGGCGCCUGCCUGCAAGCCCCCGAGGAGCCAGCCUCACGGGAACCCACCUGCCGCGCCAGGGCGUGCAAGCUACCGUCACACCGUGCGCGCCGCCUUACUUCCUGCUUUGAGAAUGUAUUCAUGUGGAAAUCCACUGGACCGAGUUUCUGCAGAGGCCUUGCCGGAUGGUUCCAUGCAUUUAGAGUCAACCUUAUUCAUUACAGAAACAAUUCAGUCGAGACAACUACCGACGAUCUUCUAGACACCCCGUGGUAGCUGGCACAGAACCAUGCUGUAGAGGUUUGUAUUUAGUGCUUAUUUUUGCAUGUUGAUGUUGAUUAGCUAAUAAACUGUAAAUGUAAAACAUGUUAAUAAAAUUGUUUUCUAUUUCUUAUUUCUGUGUAAAAAGGAGGCUGCUAUUGGGUUCUGUUUUUCCUCACCCUCGGCCCCAGUUUCGUUUUCCGG